AUGCGUGUUCGAAGAGAUGUUUGUCGAGCGAUUUUGUUGACGUCGUUGGUGUGGAUGCUGGUCGAUGUGCUGGUUCUGUUCCAUUACAUCGAUUCAGGAUCUUCUUCUUCAUCAUUAAGAGCAAAAUCGGCAGCAAAAUUACGAGCUGAGCGCAUACCCGAUAAUAAGGGUCAGGAUGAUGGUGGUGAUGAUGAGAAAGAAAAAGAUAAUAGUAUUCGCAAAUCGAAUGCUGAAACAAAAUUGGUGAGGUCUGCGGCUGACGUUGAAGUGCAGAAUCGAUUAGAUGAUCUCUUAAGAGGUUUAUCAUUCUCAAAUGGUGGACCUGGUGAGAUGGGUAGUGGGGUGCUUAUCGAUGCAUCAAAAGAGAACGAACGAAAAGAGAAGUUCAAAUUGAAUCAGUUCAAUUUAAUGGCUUCAGAUAUGAUGUCAAUCAAUCGGACCUUACCCGAUUAUCGUUCACGAAGAUGUGUUCAAAACGCAGAGCAGUACAAGGACUUGGACUUGCCACCAGUCUCGAUCAUAAUCGUGUUUCAUAAUGAAGCGUGGAGUACUCUUCUGCGAACGCUGCAUUCAGUGAUGAACCGCAGUCCACUGCGACUAAUUAAAGAAAUCAUCCUCAUUGACGAUUUCUCUGAACGAGACUAUUUAAAAGAACCACUCGAUCUGUAUGUGCAGCGCUUUCCAAUUCUUGUUCAAAUAGUACAUUUAAAGGAGCGUUCUGGACUGAUUCGUGCACGUCUUGAAGGCUCGAGACUAUCGAAAGGAAAAAUAUUACUAUUCCUGGACGCUCAUGUAGAAGUGACUGACGGCUGGCUAGAGCCAUUAAUCUCUCGAGUGGCCUCAGAUCAAAAGCGGGUGGUAGCGCCGAUAAUCGAUGUUAUUUCUGAUGAUAACUUCGAAUAUAUCACUGCUUCAGAUACCACUUGGGGUGGAUUCAAUUGGCAUCUUAACUUUAGAUGGUAUCCGGUUCCAAAGCGCGAAAUGGAAAGGCGCAAUCAUGAUCGUUCAUCUCCCAUUCAGACUCCAACGAUAGCUGGCGGUUUGUUUGCGAUCGAUCGUCAGUUCUUCUACGAUAUUGGUGCAUAUGACGAGGGAAUGCAGGUUUGGGGUGGAGAAAAUUUGGAGAUAUCUUUUAGAGUGUGGAUGUGUGGUGGCAGUCUAGAGAUUCAUCCAUGCUCGCGCGUCGGUCACGUCUUCCGUAAACAAACGCCGUACACAUUCCCGGGCGGUACUGCACGAGUUAUCCAUCACAAUGCAGCACGUACUGCUGAAGUUUGGAUGGACGAUUAUAAGAAGUUCUUUUACCAAGUUGUACCCGCUGCAAAAAACGUUGACAUCGGUGAUCUGAAUGAGCGGUUGUCGUUGCGAAAGAAUCUGCAGUGUCGCACGUUCAGAUGGUACCUCGAGAACAUCUACCCAGAAGCACCGAUUCCAGUCAACUUUAAGAGUAUUGGACAAUUCAAGAAUGUGGAAACGCAGCGAUGUCUUGAUACGCUUGGAAAUAAGGAAGGAGGGCUAGCUGGUACAGCAACGUGUCAUGGAAUUGGUGGUAAUCAGGCUUGGAGUUUUACGUCGAACGGUGAGGUUCGAUCAGAUGAAAUCUGUUUAACGCCUAAAGGCAGAUCACAGCGAACUGAAAUAAUGGAGGUGAUAUUAGAGAAAUGCUCAACAACAGGAACGAGUCGAAAUCAGCAAUUUGAUUAUGACGUUCAGACGACGUUGUUGAGGCAUCGUGUGUCAGGUGGUUGUUUAGAGUUGGAGAGUGAGGUAACACUACUCAUUAAGAAAUGUAAUCCAACGUCAGGUUCGCAACGAUGGGAACUUGAGGGAUACAAGGAAUAG